UCCAAAGUUUUCUUACAUUUGUAUACUACAUUAAUGAUAUUAUAUUUUUCAGAUUUUAGAAAUAAUGGUUGCAAGGAUUGCACAGUAGGGCUUCCGAAAACUACAGGAAAAAAUUCAUGGAAAAAAUGGAGUAUCUAUCUGACGUAAAUGGAACUUGGAACAAUGGGAGUAACAUGACGUUUCUGAGCGAAGACUUUCCAGUACCUGUCAUACCCAAAUGGGGUUUUUGGGCUAAAUUUUUGUCCACUCCCGUCAUUGUUUUGGUUGGAAUUCUAGGAAAUAUGCUAUCGUUCAUUGUCAUGAAGACAAAAACCCUACGUCAUAAGUCGUAUUCACACUACCUUUGUGCACUCGCUGUGUUCGAUACGUUGACUCUUAUCAUUCGACAAAUCGAAAGUGUUGAUGAAUACCUCGUGUCACACCAGAAGACAAGUGGUGUUUUCCAGCAAUUCAGUGACGGUAGUUGUAAACUGUAUAAUUUUAUCGUACAUGUGAUCACGUUAAUGUGCUCGUGGCUAGUAGUAUUUAUGGCUGUGGAGAGACUUAUAGCCGUAUGCUUUCCAUUUAAGAAGGUUUAUUUUCGGAAAGAAACUGGUGCAGUAGUAGCAAUUGGCAUACUUUUUAUUUGUGUGUGCUUGACGCAGUCAUUUCGGUUUCUUAUGAUUGAACAUGUUAUGUAUGAUGAUAAAAACAAUAUUCGAGAUUGCCUAGCCACAGAGAAGCAUGCAGAAAUCUACACAAGUUUGGAUGUUUAUUUCUUUCUUUGGACACUCGUGUUUGUACUGCCCGUAGUUUUUAUAAUCCUUUGUAACAGUUUGGUGUUAUUUCAUAUAUUCAGAGUAAAAAAGGAUCUGCAAAAGGAAGAUAAUUUUCUAUCAUAUAGGACCGACAGGGCUCGUGAGCGGAAAUACCGGAGUACUUGCAUGCUAUUAAUAGUAACAUUUACGUACAUUAUAACAUUGUUACCGUUGUUUACACUCAGUUUAAUAGUGGAUGUAACAAUUAAAGUUGGGUCUCUAGAAACUGCUAGGAACACAUAUGUUGCAUUAAGACCCUACAUUGAUAUAUCUGUAUCUGUCUCAUUACUUAAUUACGCUGCAAACUUCUUUAUCUACGUUUUGUCUGGGAAGAGGUUCCGUUUUGAAUUGAAAAACUUAUUUAUCAAGAAAAGGAUAGUUAAACGAAGUUUUACUGCACGGAGCACGAGGACAGAGUUCUACAGACAGUAGUGUUAUAUACUUCCAUGGCUGAAUCAAGUUGUACUCCAAGUUCAAAGUUGUUUAAUAUUUGCCCUCUUUUACAAAAGUGGCAGUGAUGAUGAUUUUAUCAUGGAUCAUAUUUAUCAAUUUAAUCAACGUCAUUCUUUUAUUGAAGCUUACACCACAUUAAAAAGUAGAGGAAUGAGAGAAGAACAUGUUAAAAUUUUCUAUCUACGGAGUGGAUAGGAGACAUAUGAGGGAAAAGUAAGUGAUAUUUUUCGGCGACGCCGUCUAAAUUCGUUUUCGUUUACCUAUGCCACAAUCAAACUACUUGAUUACGCAUUAUAGAUAAUUUAUCAAAAUGGAAGAUUUAUGCAACACCCUGCCUGAUUGGACGAGAGUGUCAAUUUCUUUCACUCUGUUGAUUGUGCUACGCUGAGUGAAAUGUAGACAAAGCGUUUAUCCUAAACGACGCUGCUCACAGUUUUAAAGCUAACUUUGGCUCAGUAUAUUUAGCAACAAUAUUGAUAUAUCUCAA